CACAAUAUUUUUCAAAUUAUUGAGAAUUUGGACAUUGCCAUAAGGGAUGAAUUGAAAUUCAAUGAUUUAAAACGAUACAUACUAUACAUAGAUCAACAGUACAAUUAUAUACUGAAGAAUAUUAAGCGAAGAAGAUAUGAAUCAUCAGCAAUAAUAGAUUUUUGCACACAGUCUCUAAGCCACAAUACAAAUUCAGUCGAACGUUAUAUGAGAAAUAUUCAUAGUUUUAUAACAGCGAAAGACAAUGGGCUACUUUCUAACAAAGUAAACUUCUUUGACAAGAAAUCAAAAAAUGAUGUGUACAGAACAUUUAGUUUACCGGCAGAAGAGGUUUAUUUCGAUAUAUUCUACGCCUGUUUUGCGGCACAAAUGAAAGGAUUUGUUGUAAUGCAAUUUUCGUAUUAUUAUUUAAGAUUACAUGAGAAAGGGACAUUUGAAAGUGAAAUUAAUCUUCUAAGAAAACAAAAUAAUAAAUUUUUUAAAGAAAUUUUACAUGAAUUUUCAAACAAUAUCCAAUUUCAUUCACAUUAUGAAUUAUGGAACGAUACAAUACCAGCAUCAGACAAACUAGGCAUAACAUAUGAUGUCAUUUCUAAACUGUUACAGGGAUUCAUUCAAAAUGAAGAAUCAUUAAGUGAUAAAAAUUCUUGUUGGAAAAACUGUGAUGAUUUUACAGUUACAAAAGUAAAAAAUUUUAAAGGCACAAAAUGUGAUAAAAAAAGUUGUAAUGGCAAAGUCUUAAACUGUCAAUUCAUUUCUAAUACUUUAAAAAUAUGUCCAUCUAAUAAGAAUUCUUUAAGAAGAUAUGAGUCAAUUAAUAAUAUGGGAUCAACUUCAUUAUGUCCUAAUAGCCAAUGUUCAGCACAAUACUUUAGACAUUUCUUAGUUAAAUGUGACUAUUGCUUUUGUAUUUGCGAUGGUACAGAUAAAUAUUCUGAUAGAUACAUAAGCCUUCUUCCAGUAUUUGCCAACGUUACAGCGAAUAAGGUAGUAACUGGAGUACGUCUGGUUAAAAAAAAUCGUGUAUUUUUUAUACAAAUUCAAGAAGGAGAAUUGGGAACAUAUGGUGCGAUUUCCAAUAGAAAUUGGGUUCCUGUUGAAGACGUAAAUGUAACCAAUCGUAGUUUUAAAAAUAAUAUACAUUAUAUAACAUUAAAUUCGAAUAGAAGGUCUUUAAAUUUGAAACCAAAAAUAUUGAAAGAUAACUAUGUAGUUACGGGAAUCAAAUUUGAAUUUGUACAUAAUCAGAUACAACUGAAUGUUAGAGGUACAUUUUACAAUGCAAGUAAUGGGCAAUUAAUGGAAAAUAAGCAAAUAUGGUCAGAACCUGCACAAGUAGGGAAUGAACUUAUUCUGGAUAAACCCGACGUCCCGACCAAGGACAGAUUAAUUAUUAGUAAUAAAGAUUUACGAAAAAGAACUGAUAAAGGAAAUAACUUUGUUAAGUUUACUCAUAGUGAUAUUGAAAAGGAUGUGGCCCAAACGACUAUUCCAUAUAUUGAUACACAAGAAGUUACUUCAACUUUUGGACUUCUUCAAGGUGUUGGAUUGAUACACAAAGGAAACAAGGGGUUUGGUGGCUUUAUAGCACCACUGUUGAUAAACACCAAUCCAAAUAGUCUAUUGAAGCAAUUUUUAAAAGAUACAAAGAAUGAUUAUGAAUGAGUUUUUAUAUUUUAUUAUAUAUGUAUAAUAACAAUAAGUUCGCUUUAUUUAUAAAGUUAAUAUAGAAUAGUUCAAGUAAAAAUAAUCAUUAUUAUAUAUUUAC